CAAGAGGUUAGGAUACGACUUUCUUCAGACUCCACAUCCAAGUUAAGUUCCAAACUGUCGAACAGGAACACAGCGAUUUCGAUAAUUUUGUAUUUAAGACAUGCUGAACAUUAGUGUCCUCUAUUAUUUAAUGUCUAAUAUUAGAAUGUUUAAAACGAUCGGUUAAGUCAAUAUUUAUUUAUUUAUUGCACUUGAAAUGCGUCCAGCACACAUGAGCACAUGCCAAUAUCAAUCAUAUUUUCCAAAUGCAGUGUAACGAGGUGCGGCGAUGGAAACUAUGGAAGAUUCAGAACAAUCUCACCUGAUCAACGAAAGGACAUACUCACUGAAACAAAAACGGGAAGCAUCUGCCACUGUGGAACUGAGCACUGUUGGUUCACAUUGCCAUGGGAAUCAGGUGGCCUCCAGUGAAAGUUAUGAGAAGACUCUGGCUAAAAAUAAGCUGUACAUGGCCUCCAUCAUCUGCCUCAUCUUUAUGAUCGGAGAAGUGGUUGGAGGAUACCUUGCCCACAGUUUGGCCAUCAUGACAGAUGCUGCCCAUCUCCUUACUGACUUCAGCAGCAUGUUGGUCAGCCUCUUCUCCCUGUGGGUCUCCUCCCGACCCCCCACCAAAACCAUGAGCUUUGGAUGGCACCGCUCAGAAAUUCUGGGAGCUUUGGUGUCGGUGAUGUCCAUCUGGAUUGUGACAGGAUUCCUCCUAUACCUUGCUGUUCAGAGGGUUGUUGAUAGAGACUAUGAAAUCAAUGGCCAUGUGAUGCUUGUAACAUCAGGAUGUGCUGUCGGUGUCAACUUCAUAAUGGCAUACAUUCUCCAUCAGUCUCACUCAUCUCAUGGACACGCUCAUGACUCUGGGUACCACAGGCUCAAUGAGGGUAGAGCGAGCCACACACCCUUGGGUGCAGAGAACCAUGUGGCUGAGCAUAGCCACUCCCAUGGCUUCCUGGGUGACCAUGGCAACGCUAGUGUGAGGGCUGCCUUCAUCCAUGUGGUGGGGGACCUGCUGCAGAGCAUGGGAGUGCUGGUGGCUGCCAUAAUCAUCUACUUCCAGCCUGAAUACAAAAUAGCAGAUCCACUUUGUACUUUCCUGUUCUCAGUGUUUGUCCUUGGAACAACUGUUUCGGUUCUGAGGGAUGUGAUCAGGAUCCUCAUGGAAGGAGUGCCUCAUGGUGUUGAGUUUAACACGGUGAAGGAGGCUCUUCUCUCAGUUACAACUGUGAAGGGUGUGCACAACCUGCACCUCUGGACUCUCACCCAGAGCCACACCCUGCUCUCCACCCACCUGGCUAUUGAGCCAAGUUCUGACCACCAGAAUGUCCUUCAGGAGGCCACUGAGCUCCUUCAGACAUCAUUUGGUUUCUCAAGCACCACUAUUCAGCUGGAGCUGUACUCCCGGGACAUGGACCACUGCACAGAAUGUCAGGAUCCCACUGAUUGAGGGUUUCCACAGUGACAUAGGCUGUGAUGACAGGCAAGCAUUUCCCACUGGAGAGAAGACGUCCUUUCAGAAAGUUGGUUGGUGAGUCUGGCAAAAUGUAACAGACUGCUGGUGUUGUCAGUACUCCUCUCUGGACUGUGACAGCUGGCCACUCUGUGUAUUGUCAGUCAUGUGCUUGGUUUAGGUUUUGGUUUUGCCAUGUUUGAUUCCCAUGUGCUCUUGUCCCCACCCCUCACCUGAUCUCUAUUAAAGUUACAAUCUCAAAGAUUUCUGUUUCGUUCGCUUUGGCGGUACCGAAGGCGAAAAGCAGUAAUUGCAGGUGUGUUUUUGGACCUCACUUCCCAGAGAUCCAACCGGAUCCAACCAGUGUCGCCUGUGUGACAUCAGUCAGUUGGCAUCUGUGCCACGCCAAUUAUAACACUUACUAUUUACUGAAUAAAAAAUGGUUGUUAUAAAAGUAACGUUAUGUACACACUCAUUCAUUGUCUAAUAUUAGGCUAACUUAAGCUGCCUUUACACUGCCGAGCCGGGUUAAAAUGCCGUAGCAGACCUGGGGCAGAAUUAGUGAUGAUCAAUUUCCACAGACGUUCUUUAUCCACCUUUUGCCCGGUAUGAACAUCUUUACGCUGCAGAGAAGAAUUUGCGGGAUUCGCUGCGGCUCGUACAAUUAUGUAUCUCGUGCACACUAAACAGUCUUUCUCGUGAAUGAUUGUUGUGUGAUAUUUUUGAAACAACUGCCUUGCAAAAUGUUACCGCUGGUGUUUCUGGUUUUGCUAGCAAACUGUUCGAGAAUAAAGCGGAACUAGGUGUUAAAUUAGCAAUCAGAACAAGAAAGAAACAAAAACAAAGGCAUCAAAAAAGGGCAAGGCUGAAGGACCAUAUGAGGAAGCGUAAUAAAAUAAUAACGCUAAUCCAUACUGCUGUAUUCUUUUAUUUAGUUUUCUCCGGUUUGACAUCUUUACACUGAAAUCAGACCUGGCUCUGCUCCACCUAUACCCCUGGUUAAUGCUCUGUGUAAAGACGGCUUUAUUCCAAUCAUUAUAAUAUAUCGAUGAACUUGAUGGCAAAGUAAAUAACGGUAACGUUAAGGCCAAUUCAGAUCAAUGAUUUGCAACGAGACGAAACAGUUUUAGAAUGUUGCAGAGAAAAUUGCAGCAGUGUGAACUGGUUAGUUGCAGAGCGUCUGAAGCCGUUGCCUGGGGUCUCAAAAGACUCACCUGGUCAAAUCACCAAGUGCUGUUAGAACGUUUACAAUCAGACGUCUUGGAAUUUUGCAAGUUGCAUCCAGUCUCGUUGCGAAUCAUUGAUCUGAACUGACCUUUAGUUAGCUACAUUGCAACAAGGUAGCAUUGCAUUCGAGAGACGUUUUGCGAGGUCGGUACCAAUCGGUAGCAUUAGCUAGCGUUUUUUUCUAAUUGUUAGCUGACAUUAAAUUGUGUUAAUUACAUUAGCUAGCUAGCUAAUGCAAUGUUACCUGAUAUGACAGAUGGAUACUGUGCGCAACGUUGUCUAAGCUAAUGUUGCCUUUAUUCACAUGGUCCGGUAGCUAGCGUUAGCUGUGAAAAUAGCUAGGCUUUGUAAUUUAGUAACGUUACAUUGUCAUCAAAUGCAAUACGAAAUCUACAUCAACAAAUAAUAUGACCUCUCAUGUUGCACAAAAACUUUUUAGGGUUCCAUAACCCCUCCCCCCCCUUUCUCUGUUAUUGUAACGCUAGCAGACAUUGGAAAAAACAGUACACCGCUCACACGCAAGUGAGUUGAAGAGCGAUCCUGUUGUGUUUGCUCCGUCUAUCCUCUCUGGCGGACCAAGCACUGAUGGGUGAUGGAAAACGCGUCACUAACUAUGCGCCGCUUGUGAUUUUUUCCCGAGAAUGUCGCCACAGACACCCAGUUCUUUAAUCAGAAAUUAUUAUAUUAAUAAUAAUAAUAAUAAUAAUAAUAAUAUAAAUAAAUAUAAUAAUAGGCUCAAUCACCAUUGUGUUACCUAAUUCGGCGACAGAUAGUGAAUUAACAGACAUUUAUUUUAAUGAAAAUCUUAGAGAUUAUUACUUUAAUUACCCCUAUUACUACCUCCUGUUCCUUGUUGUCUUUUCUGUUUAUUGCAUGUGUAUUUAUUUCCUGGGUCUGCACCUCUUCCUUGUCAGAUUGUGAACUUGUGUUUCUGAGUCUGUUCGUGCAGUUUGUUGUCUGGAAAUUGAAAUCCUGUAUCUGUUACUGCGACCUGUUCUUUUCCUGCUGUUUUGGAUUGUUUGCCCUGUGAAUUGCUGGCUUUUGACCUGGAUUGUCUUUUGGUUCAUGCUCUGCCUGCUGAUUUGGAUCAUUAUGGAAUAAAUCUGAAUUUGAAUUUGAA